AUGGCAAACGUCAACAAGCCAGUCAACAUCAAGAAGAAGGAGGAGGACAUCAACCGCAAGCUGCAGAUUUACGGCAUCAUCAAUGCAUUCAAGAAUGGAAAGACCCCAUCGAAUGAGCAAAUCGAUGUGGCCUUGAACAGCUUCCUGCAGUCCAGAGCCCUCAGCCGCCCCUCCGACAAGCUGUCCGACGAGGGAAAACUGCUGGUGGAGGAUGCGAAAGAAGUGGUGAAGCUUGCCAAACAGCUCCUGCUGUCCAAGAACGACGGCAACCUCAUCCAGGACUUCAUCUGGCAGACUACUCAGUACGACACGCAGAACCUCCAGGCGCCCAACACUCCCGUGACCAAGGACACUGCUGCUCGACACAAGGAUGAAGCCCUCGAAGGGUUGAGGACUUUGGGCACUUUGCUCAUCACCAACGGCCAGUUCCGGAAACUUCUCAAGGAUGCCACCGUUCUCGUACGCGACAUGGUUGGAGACGGCGCUACUAACGUCGCCGAACGGGUUCGCCCUUCGGACGAAGAGCUUCGCCGCAUGGACGAACCCGCCCCUGACAACACUUGGCACGAGAAGCCCGAGCUGUCCAAGGAGGCCCUCAAGAACCAAGCCCGAGAUAUCUACAAGGGCGAUCCGAAGAAGGAUGCCAAAGAUGUCGCCUCGGCUGCCACUGGAAAUGCUCUGCCUCAAGGGGGCGUUAACCCCAGCUCUGGUGUGAACACGGCCCAAAAUGUCGUGAACCAGAAGCUGAACGAGAACCUGGACGACGAGACGCAAGAGAAGGUCAAGAGGCGCAACGAGGAGUACCGCCGCAAGACCAGAGAAUACCUGAAGAGGAAGAUGCCUCAAGAGCGCAGGGAUCAGGUUAUCUUCCGUCUCAAGAAGAUCGUCCUCGAAUGCCAGCAACACCCCGACUACUCCCAAGCGGUGCAGACCCUUCUUCGGCUGGCUGAGGAAUACGGCCGACAUGGGCGCAACCUUGGAAAGGGUUCUGCUGACUCCGCCAAGGACGUCCGAACUGGACUUUCUGCAGCCGAGGAGGAUCUGCGCACGCUGAUUGAGCGCUUCGCAAACGGCACCUCGACCGAGGAUCUUUGGCAGUCCAUCUCUCAGAUCUACAGGGAUGCCGACAGGGACCAGGAGCUCAGAGACUGGUUCAAGCAGGUCGACACCUACAUCCGCAAGUGUCUUUUGGAGCAGGGCUACGUCCUCGAAGACCAGUCUACCGAGGACUGGAACCGGCUCUACGACAAGGGCCGCUAUCUGCUGCGUGACAAGUACCGCGGUCACACCGACCGCGUUGUGGACGAGGUCAAGUUCAUUACGGAUCAGUUCGACCAAGAUCCGCAGAACAAGGCCUUUGGCCAGGCGAUUCAGAAGCUCUUCAAUGAUCUGGGCACCGAUGAGAACGGAAAGCCGGCGUUCAAGCCUCACCUUAUCAAGGACUUGACCGACGUCGUCAUGCCCGCCAUCUUCGAGAACGUCGCAUACGUGCCGAUCCCACGUAUCGAGUACUCGGAUCCCAACUUUGACGCCGUCAUUGAGAACUUGGUGCUCGAGAGCGACAACUUCAUGCCCAACGUUCUCGAAGUCGCCAGCGACAACUACUUCCGAUGGGGCCGCAAGAAGAUUGCCAACAAGCGCAAGAACUCAGUGGACAUCAAGGUGACGGGUGUCCAGAUGGACCUCCGAGACGUGAGCUAUCACGUCAAGCGCAAGACUGGAUUCCCGUCGCUCACCGACACUGGCGUGCUCGACCUUUUGCUCCCCGGCGACGGCUUUUCCUUUAGGCUGAAGGUAUCCACGCCCGACAAGAAGGACGCUCAGCACGUCUUCAAGGUGGAAAAGGUGGACGUCGACGUCAAGGGCCUCAAGUUUAAGGUCAAGAGGUCCCAGCACAAGCUUCUGUUUAUGCUCUUCAAGCCCAUUGCUCUCAAGGCAAUCCGCCCGGCGCUGCAAAAGGCCAUUGAGAAGGCCAUCAAGGAUCAGUGCGACAAGGCCGAUGAGUUCCUCUUCCAGGUCAAGCAGGAAGCGGACCGUGCCCUUGAGGAGGCCAAGAGUGAUCCUGAGAACGUGCCCAACAUCUACAACCGAUACUACCAGGCCGCGCAGAAGAGAAUCCUUCAGGGCAAGGAGAAGGCAAAGGCCGUCACUCAGGACAAGAAGGUCAACAUGGCUGUGACCAAGCAGGACAGCAUCUUCCCCGACAUCCAUCUGCCCGGCGGCAUAAGCUCCAAGGCGACGGAAUACAGGGAACUUGCAGCCAAGGGCGAGCGAUGGGAGAGCCCCGUCUUCUCUAUUGGCAGCGCCAAGCGGAGCACCGACAUUCCUCCCGUGCCGCGCAUCGAGAGAAAGGCGCAUGCCGUUACUGGCGGCCGCGCCAACGGCAACAUUGACGGGUCGGCCAACUUCAGGGGCCUGAACGCUCCUGGCGAAGGCACCAGCGGCCACCAACUUGGCGGACAGGGUCUCACUGCCUACUAG